UCCCAGCCAGAGGAUCUCUUCACAAUGGCGGACUUUGGCCCUCGUGCUCCUCACGGGCCUGACAUGACCGGAACCCAGGACUUCUCCGAGAUGAACCCUUCCGAAAAAGAGGGCUUCGACCGCCUCCUCCGCCCCGACGACAGCUAUACGCCCGAAGGCGUCUACUGGGCCGACCUUCCCCUCGGCCAACGGAUCAAAUUCGUCUCCUCGGUCGAAGCUAAGGAGCGUGGCCGUGAGUGGUCUGCGCUCUGGGCCGAGAUCAAGGCGGAUCCUCUUUCUCCCAUCAUGGGUUACAUCCGCAACACCAUCAUCCCCGGUGCUGGUAUCGGUCUCGAAGGUUACGUCCUUCUCUCCAUCGGUAACAUCUCCACUAUGUUCGGAAAGUCCUUUGAAUCGUGUUGGGGUACAUACGAGAUUUGUAACAAGCAGUGGAUUAACGCCAUCACAUACCUGGAAAUCGUUGGUAUCAUCAUUGGUCAGGUCUUGGUUGGUGUCAUUGGUGACUGGGUGGGCCGUCGCUACGGUCUGCUUCAGGAUGCCUGGAUCAUGUUUCUCGGUCUGGUCAUGCUGACCUGCGCCUGGGGUGUCACCCAAAAUGGCUGGGUGAUUUGCUAUGCCUGGUCUCUCUUCAUCUACGGCAUUGGUGUUGGUGGUGAGUACCCCAUGACUGCCACCAGCGGUAUGGAGAACGCGGUUGGCUCCGGCAAGCUGUCCACCCGUGAGGAUCGUCUUCACCGUGGUUCCAAGGUUGUUGGCGUUUUCUCCAUGCAAGGCUGGGGUCAGGUCCUCAACCAGGGCUUGCUUAUGAUCUUGCUUCUCAUCUUCAAUGCCGGCAGCGGACAGGAGCCCAUCAGCCAGAAGAACGCCCAGUGGACCUACCGCAUCUCCUUUGUCAUUCCCAUGAUCGGUACCUUCUGGCUCAUCUAUUACCGUGCCUACCACAUGAAGGCUGCCAGUAAGCAGCUUGCCGCCACCAAGAAGAAGGCCUCGGUCACUGGCUAUGACACUGAGUCUCUCCGCCUGACAUUCAAGUACUUCACCCCUCGUAUCCUGGCCACUGCUGGUGGAUGGUUUGCCAACGACGUUUUCUUCUAUGGCGCCAAGCUGUUCUCCGGUGAUUUUAUCAAGGUCAUCAGCCCCGGUACCAAGGACAUCUUUGUUACAUGGGAGUGGAGUUUCAUCAACUGUGUCGUCACCCUGGCGGGAUACUAUGCUGCUAUCAUCUUCGUGGACAACAAGCUCUAUGGCCGCAAGUGGAUGCAGAUUAUGGGCUUCUUGCUCUGCUUCAUCGUGUAUGUGGUGCCUGCCUUCCACUACAAGUACUAUACCGAACCCGCCCACAUCCACUCCUUCCAGGCUAUGUACUUCCUGGGCAGUUUCUUCAACCAGUUCGGUCCCAACUGCGUGACCUUCCUGGUCGCUGGUGAGGUCUUCCCCACUCCCAUUCGCGCCACUGCCCACGGUAUCUCGGCUGCCUGUGGAAAGCUGGGAGCUCUGUUGGCCGGUAUCCUCUUCAACUACAUCGACACCCAGACCAAGUUCUACUUUGUGCCCUGGUGGGGUCUGUUCGGCAUGGCCUUGACCUACCUCUUCCUCCCCGACACCACCGGUCUUGAUCUCAAGGAGCAGGAGCGCCGCUGGCGAUUCAUCCGUGAGGGCCGUGAACACGAGUACCACGGUGUCGCUGUCAACCACAAGCACUUGUCUGUGUGGGAACGCUUCCGUGGUGCUGGCAAGUACUACGACCCCGAGCUCGACUACCAACAGCGUGUCGAGGAGUACCGCCAGGAGUGGGAGAACAUCAUGGCUCGUCGCAGCGAGGAGACCAAGAACGACGAGGACGUCGACCUGGCCUUGGUUGAGGAUGAACUUCUUGAGGGUUCAAUUCACAACUACUUCCACCGCACCAGCUCUUUGAGCAAGAACCACAGCGUCGAGAAGGUCACUGAGGCCGACUCCUCGAACUAAAACUGCACUUGGUUUGCACUAUGCCCCGGCAUGAAAAGGUUAUACCCAUUAUAUACCCGUCGCUCGCGACUCACUGGCCGCUUGAUAGAGGCUGUCCCUAAUUCCUUGUUUAUAAAUUCGAUGUCUGGAUGGUUGAAUGUGGGCUGAGAC